GCGCUCAGAGGAAACGGCGCACAGAUUCGCUGCAGUUCAGACGCUCGAGAAGCGAAACCUCCGCGUGUGUUUCUGCGCCACCGCAAAGAAGAUUCCCCGCUGCACUCCUUCAUGGAUUACCUUCCUGAAGCGGCCGAAACUCCUCUCAGAUAAGUAGGAAAUAACUCAACCUGGCCGUUUAAACCGAUUCCAGAUCCAAAGUACACUUCAAAGAUUUAGGCACAGCCAAUUGAGACUUUCGGGCAGUCAAUUAUAUUCUGAACAGUUGUUGGUUUUUAAGUUGUUUUCUUUUUAAAUCUCCAAGCACAGUGUUUAUGAAUGCGUGACGUGGAAGUAAACUCUGCAUUAUUCUUGGAUGAAAAAGCCCAGAGACACGCGCACACUUUGGGAACUAAUCUGAAUGUAAAGCACUAGGAUGUAGUUUUUUGUUGGACCAGAGGAGAGGAUCUGGACCCCGGGAAUGAACUUCGAGAGCCACCUCUGCUUACUUUCUGGGCUGUAAAGACACAUCGAGCCAUGGGUUGAAAGCGACGAUGAUAGACUGCGGGGAUAUUCAACGUGGGAGGGAGCAGCAUUUUCUGUCUUAUGUAAUGAUUGACAGUGCCUGAUUAUUAGAGGUAGAUCAUAAACAACAUCACCUCCCCAUUACCCCCCCCCCCCCUCCCCUCCCCCUGCAUGUCGAGGAGGCUAAAGAGUGCUUGAUGCAUAUGAGAUGUUCUCUAAUGAGCUAAAAGCUGCUCUUAAAGUUAAUAAGUAGGGUAUGUCACAGAUGAGUGGAUAUAACGUGUUUUGUUUUGCUCAGAGAGCCAUUAAAGCAAGUUUAAGUUCAUUACAGAUCUCUGAUCAGCCUUAUUUAGACUGUACUUACCUCCGUCACUCCCUCCCCCAUCCAGUCUCAGUCUGUUUUGGAAUAUUUUUGCUUCAUGAGUUAAUAUUCAUCAUGACGCCCCAAACUCUUGAUCUGCUCCAUGCUGAUCUGGCAGGGUCUUUGAAAAUGACUGUGACUUCAGGAAAACAAACAAUCAACAGUGUGUUGAGCUUCUUUAUGAGCUUUGAACUCUAUUCUCGGCAGUGCAAUGUUUUCAAUGGCCACUAAGAUGCUGUAAUGCUCAUUUUUGCCCUCGGAUUUGGGGAUAUGUAGUCAUUCUCAAAUCCUCAACCUCUUAAUCUCUGUGACUUUCUGUUUCUGAACAUAUGAAGCCAUUAGUUAAUCUUCACUAGAAACUUCGUUGGUCCCUCCCUCCCCCCCACUCAUCAGGGCUGGUGGGGGGGGUGGAUCUCGGCCCCCACGGGGUCGAAACUGUGGUGGUGGCCGGUGGUGGUCAUACCACUAGAGGCAGGGCUCCCACCAUGGAGACCAGCCCGGAGAGCCCCAACCGGGCAGUGGAGUACCUCCUGGAGCUCAACAACAUCAUCGAGAGCCAGGCCAAGCUCCUGGAGACCCAGCGCCGGCGCAUCGAGGAUCUGGAGGGCCAGCUGGACCGGGUCAGCCAGGAGAACCAGGAUCUGAGGCAGGAUCGCAGCCCACGGACGCCGGGUUUGGACACUCCCGAGCAGAACCACAACCACAGCCAGCCUCUGUCCCUCCCCCUCCAUCAUGGCAGUGGCGGCAGCGGGAACGGUAGCACCUCGACGGCUCAGGCGACUGCUGCGUCGCCCACGACUCCAGGACCCAGCAGGGGGAGGAGGACCCACACCAAGCUGACCCGAGGUCUCUCCUGCAGCUCCUCAACCACCGAGCGAGACCGGCUUGAACGCACCGACAGCACGGACACCAACACCAGCUCCACCAUACGGAGAAAUGUGGAAGGGGACUCCCAGUGUCCAGAGACGGGCGCUCGCAAAGACAUCCAGACACCAUUCAGCCAGAAACCUUUCUUGCGCGGCUCGGAGCGCUACACUGACAGCAGAACCAGCAGCGCACCCGCCGGAUCCAGGGACCCUUCAUCUUCGUCUGCCUCCAGUUCAGCCAGCCUGGCCUGGGCUCUGCGUACACGCCACCAACCUGCGAGCCUGGCCCUCCGCAAGCAAGAGGAGGAGGAGAACAAGAGAUGCAAGACCCUUUCAGACAGCUAUGAGCUCUCAACGGAUCUGCAGGAUAAGAAGGUGGAGAUGCUGGAGAGAAAGUACGGUGGCUCCUUUGUAAGUCGCAGAGCAGCGAGGACCAUUCAGACGGCCUUCAGACAGUAUCGCAUGAACAAGAACUUUGAGCGCCUCCGAAGCUCUGCGUCAGAGAGCCGCAUGACACGCCGCAUCAUCCUGUCCAACAUGAGACUGCAGUAUUCCUUCGAUGAGCGACAGCCUCAGCAGCAGGCCCAGACGCAGACGAACUUCACCCACAACGUGGCCAUAGGGCCUCCUCAUUCCCCCAACCCAGACCGCCCGGGAGACUACACGCGCUUAGAGGACUCCUUCUCCAAACAGGUCAAGUCCUUAGCUGACUCCAUAGACGAUGCCCUUACCUGCCGCGCAGGUCGCGAAGACUCCCAGGAGGGCAGCAGGGAGGGUGGAGGCCUCAGUGAAGACUUUGGGGAGUGUGUUUGGAGCAGCAGCACCAACCCCUCCUCCCAAAGAGGUUUGGGAGAACGAGCCAGGGGAGCUGGCGGGGGACUCAGUAUGCAUGGCGACAGCACCGCCACCUCCUACAGUGACGUCACCCUUUACAUGGAUGAUGGCAUGCCGUCGUCCCCGCUGUCCCUGGAUCGGGCGCCCAGCAGCACAGAUACAGAGUACUGGGGCCCCGGUGGCGGUGUUGGAGGGCGUGAGGACAGCAGGGACACUGAGGGAGGGGGCAGCAGUAACAGUCGGCGCAGCACCCCGUGCACCGAGUGCAGGGACUAUCGUCUAAGAGGCGCACAUCUGCCUCUCCUCACCAUUGAGCCGCCGAGUGACAGCUCCGUGGACAUGAGCGACCGCUCAGAUCGUGGCUCUCUGACCAGACAGCUGGUCUACGAGCAGGAGCCUGGGGUCGGGGCUUGCUCCCCUCAGGGAACCCUCAAACACUCCCCCACCACAGGUACCCGCCCUUCCUCCACAGCAGCUGCCCAGGGUCAGACCCGGGCCCCCGCCCGACCCAUACCCACACACAUCCCUCACCAAGUGGCGGCACACCACCACCAUCACCACCACCCUAUCCACCACCACCAGUACCCUGACACGCCGCCGUCAUCGUCGUCCUCCCCCCAGCAGCCCCCCACCACCCCUCUGUCCUCCUCCUCCUCCACAGCUCUGCCCUCCGACGGUCUGGAGCAGCCGUGCUGCUCGGACGGGGACAACGACUCGCUCAACUCGACCACCAACUCCAACGAGACGGUCAACUGCAGCUCCGGCUCCUCGUCUCAGGACAGCCUGCGGGAGCCUCUGCCACCUCUGGGAAAGCAGACCUACCAGAGAGAAAGCCGCCACAGCUGGGACUCCCCGCCCUUCAACAGCGACGUGGUGCAGAGACGCCAGUACCGCAUAGGUCUCAACCUCUUCAACAAGAAGCCAGAGAAGGGGAUCCAGUACCUGAUAGAGAGAGGUUUCGUAUCGGACACUCCAGUUGGGAUCGCUCGCUUCAUCCUGGAGAGGAAGGGCCUCAGCAGGCAGAUGAUUGGAGAGUUCCUGGGAAACCGACAGAAACAAUUCAACAAAGAUGUCUUAGACUGCGUGGUGGAUGAGAUGGACUUCUCAGGAAUGGACCUGGAUGAUGCUCUCAGGAAGUUCCAGGCUCAGAUCAAAGUUCAAGGAGAAGCCCAGAAAGUGGAACGGCUCAUAGAAGCUUUUAGCCAGAGAUACUGUGUGUGUAAUCCAACGCUGGUUCGGCAGUUCCAGAACCCAGACACCAUCUUCAUCUUAGCCUUCGCCAUCAUCCUCCUCAACACAGAUAUGUACAGUCCCAACGUCAAAGCUGAGAGGAAGAUGAAACUAGAGGAUUUCAUCAAGAAUUUGAGAGGCGUAGACAAUGGUCAGGAUAUACCCAGGGACCUGCUGGUUGGGAUCUAUCAGCGGAUACAGAAGUGGGAGCUACGGACCAACGAUGACCACGUGUCCCAAGUGCAAGCAGUGGAGAGAGUCAUUGUGGGCAAGAAGCCUGUGCUGUCCCUUCCCCAUCGUAGGCUGGUAUGUUGCUGCCAGCUCUAUGAGGUCCCCGACCCCAACAGGCCGCAGAGGACCGGGGUGCACCAACGGGAGGUUUUCCUCUUUAAUGACCUUCUGGUGGUGACCAAAAUCUUCCAGAAGAAGAAAACCUCAGUGACUUAUAGUUUCAGACAAUCGUUCCCUUUGGUGGAGAUGCAAGUGCACAUGUUCCAGAACUCUUACUACCCACAUGGUAUCCGCCUGACCUCAGCAGCCCUGGGUGGGGAGAGGAAGGUUUUUAUCAUCUUUAUGGCACCCAGUCAGCAAGACCGCACCCGCUUUGUUAGCGACCUCAGGGAGAGUAUUGCUGAAGUGCAAGAGAUGGAGAAAUAUAGAGUGGAAUCGGAGCUGGAGAAACAGAAAGGUGUGAUGCGGCCCAGCUUGCUGACUGGCGGCGUAGGUGUGAAGAGCGAUGUUGUGAAUGGCACUCUGGGAAGGACAAGUUUUGAUGACAACUGCUCCGUGGGUGAGGGUCUCAAACGCACGGCGCUCAGCUCAUCUCUCAGGGACCUAUCGGAUGCAGGGAAACGUGGUCGCAGGAACAGUGUUGGUUCUCUGGACAGUACUAUGGAAGGCUCCAUCAUUAGCAGCCCACAGCCUCACCAGCGCUAUACAGUGCCAGGCGUGGUGCCCGGCUGCUACGCAACAGAAGACUUUCGGCCUCACCGCCCCAUCCUGAGCCCCGGAUCGGGGGUGGGGGGUGGGCCGGGGCAGCAACACACCACUGCUGGGACAGGAAUUGGGGGAGUCUCCAGCAGUGUAGAGAGAGCAGGAGCGGGGAGCGGGCCUGGGGGGAGCAGCAACAACAACAACAGCGGCUCCUUCCUGGGGUCCCUAUUCGGCAGCAAACGUGCCAAACCUCCAGGGCCCCUUAUUCCACCGGGGCCACCCUACCCCGCACCUGUACCCCCACCGACUACGGGAGGUCCCCCUCCUCACUCCCCAUCAUCGCUGUGCCAGCUGGAUGGGGGGCCUUCCAAGAUCCAGGCGCUGCACGCACAGUACUGUCACAUGGGCACCGUGCAGCCCCCACCACCUUACUACCAUCACCAUCGCUACCACGUCCAAACUGUCCCGCCUCCUUUGCAAGGAAUGCCCCCUCAUUCUAUACAGAGAGGCCCGCUACCCUGUCGUCCACCGCUUGGCCCCACACAUGUCCAGCACCCACAGCUGGCCCAUCUCUCCCAGCUCUCCCAGCAUGGGCUUCCAGUUCGUUACGCCAACAUGGUGGUGGGAUGUCCCCCCCCCCUUUCUCCUCUCUCCCAACACUCCCAGAACCCGCAGUUUGCCCUGUACCACGGGCAACCUACACACUCUAUCAGAGGGGGCGGCGUCCCUGGCACCAAACUUCCACUAACCAUGUCUCACUCCCACCCGCACCCACACGCACACUCCCAAACCCACCCCGGACACGUGCUAACACCACACCCAGCCAGCCACUCCACCCAUCAAACACACUUCAUAUUCGGCACUCUGCCCCACAACCUACCGUCCGCCUCCGUCAAUGCGCAUCACGCUACGUCCGCCGCCCCGUAUCAGCCCCAGUACCCUCUUCUUUCUUCUAUCCCCCCUCCCCCACCACAUUCCCCUUUACCCCCCCCUUUGUCCCCCCUUACCCCUCUUACACCUCUCUCCCCUCCCCCCCCACCACCCCGGGCUGCCUCAGCAGGGGCCGCAGUUGACUGGUGCCGGAGCGACAGGUACAGGGGGCAGCUCCAAGUCCAAGCCUAUCAACCGGAUAAGUACCGUGGUGUGAGCAGGAUGUGGGGCCCCAGGGGUCAGAGGUCAGAUUAUAGAGUGGAGGAGGUUGGCAGAACUAGGCCUAGGACCAAGUCUGCCAGGACAGAAAGUAACAGCAGCAGCGCUAGUGACAAGAAGAAACGCAGUUUGCUUCGUCUCUGUUACUUUCAUCUCCGUUUCCCACAUAUGUAGGUGGAAAUACAGAGCACAGCUAGAAUGCAUACAUCUUUGAAACCUGCACACACAAACAAACACACACACACACACACAUGCACAUCCAAAUGAAUAAACACUCCAAACAAAAUAUCAAAAAAGUAUAUAGCCAUAUAAUUUAAGAUGAAACUAAAUCUAUAUCUAGAUAUAUUGCCUCAGUUUUGAUUAUUUGAAGUAUAGUUGAGGCUGUAAGAGACUAUUUAUAUGUACAGUACCAAGAUGUGAUAAUGUGACACUGGAAAAAAGCAAACAGAAACCACAUAUAUCCAGGUGAUUACAUGGGGAUGUAAAUAAAGACAAAAGCACCAAAUGCAUUCCAGCGGAGUUUGACGUUAAAAACAGCAGAGAGUUGCAAAAAAAAUGUCUCUUGACUUUGCAAUAAUUUACUUGGCUUCACGAUGUGUCUGUCCACUUUUGCAGGUUCCGCUUUGCUGACAGGCAUCUUUUUUUUUUUUCUAAAGACCUCAGAUAUGUUGCUUUGUCUUAAAUUUCUAAAACCAAUGCACGGUUUCCUGACAGUCUUUUGCUUAAUGGUCUUUUACAUGUCAACAGGAGCCACCCGGCUUUAUAAUGCAUUCCUUGUGGGGUAUGGGAAAUUAAUGAUACAAUCAAUAAUAUAUUUUGAAUGUUUCUGAAGCUUCUUGCCGUUUUAUCGAUAUUAUAAUAUAUCUGCUAUUAGUAUGAUGAAUAUUGUACAAUAUUUGUUUUGAUCAGUGAUUAAUUAUAUCAGCAGAUGUUUGUACAUGGUAAUAGAGAGUAUAUGCACAUAUAAAUCCCCUCAGUUUGCCAAAACCACCAGAGGCUGUUCCAAUAUUUGAAGUGUGAUUUAUUUCCAUAGUACCAUCACAGUUCAGUAUUAUUGGUUGUUAAAAAAAUGAAUGAGAUUUAGUUUUGUUCAAAUUAAUUUGAACACAAACAAUGUUCCUCCUUUUCUGUUUUGUUUGAUGUGAGCAAACAGGGGGAUAUGUUCUCAAAUGGGGUGACUAACAAAACUUGAAUUUAAAGAAUGGAUCUGAGUUCAUGUUUCAUUUUUUAUAUAUAUUAAUGAGGCUCCCAGUAUUGGAAAAAGGCUUGAAUAUGGAAAUUAAAAAAAAAAAAUAACGUUUUGGACGAUGCCAUUCCCUCAUAAUUAUAAAGGGCAUCUAUACUCACUUUCUCACAGUCAUCAGAUUUAGUCAUUUUGUGUUUUUUUUAUGUUUUGAAGAAGCACGCUUUUACAUGUUUUGUGGUUUUGCACACGUGAUGUCUUAAGUCAGAAAUGGCCUUCUUCUUAUCCUCCCUCUUCUGCCACUUUUAGAAAUCUCCUGUUACAUUUUCUGAUGCCUUCUUGUUUAAAAACUUAACAAGUCGAGAAUGUAAAAUAGCCUACAGGUACAUAAUGUAUUGCCCCUUGUGCAAGUGUUACCCAUUUUGCUACUGCAAUUUUUGAGGAUGUAAUGAGCACUGAUGUCAUUUACCUUCAGUGCCAUUGAUUGCCAAGGGAAAACUACAUAUAAUCUGAUUUGAAUGGGUCAUGAUGGGAAUGGGAAUGAGGACAAAGUACAGAAGUCAAUGUCACAAACUACUGAAAGAGAUGGCAAAGUUGAAGAUCCUCAACAAAAGGAUUUUAAGGAGGUUUGGAGAUGGUCAAGAAUGUCAGAUGAAGAUUUUAUAAGUAUAUGUUGGCUAGCCUUUUCUUUUUAUUGUGUCCUUUUAUGACUCGUCUUGCAUGACUAUACCUGCCCUUAUUGAAUAGAUUGUACUGUAUAAAUCUGAAUGUACAUAUUAUAGGCUUCUAUACAUAUGCUUCUUAUCAUAACUAUGGGAUGAACUACUCCCAUUCUGUAUUCAGGUGUGUGCAUGUGAGUGCCACCAAGUCUGUACAUAUAAAAGAGGGGCGGGGAUAGGAGAUGUUGGCCACAAGGAAUGUUGACUUCUUUUUCUUUUCUAAUUAUUUCUGACUGAAGGUGAGAGAAUGAGUUGCCAUGACAUAAAUUAAAGCCUAAAAGAAGUUUAUAUGUUGGUGCAGUUAUUGAUAUCAUUUAAAACAAAUGAUUUCAUUUUUUUUCUUUGUGUAUGUAUUAUGUGUACUGAAAGAAUAGAGAAUUGAGAUGUGAAUAUUUAUUGCUUCUGAUAAAUUAAAGUGUCCUUGCAGUGAA